AUGUCUUCAUGGUUUAAUAACUUACCUUGUCUUCAAUAUUCUUCAUUUCAACGUAUUUCGAUUAGUGAGUCAUGGUUUCAAGUAUAUGCUAUUCAUCCAAUUGUCUUUGCUAUUCAUGAAACAUAUCAACAUCUAGAAAUAAUUUCUUAUCUUAUUGUUGGUCCGAAAAAGUCUCUUCUUAUUGAUACUGAAAUGGAUAUUGGAAAUAUUGAAAAAGUUUUUAAUGAUCUUACAGCUGUGUCAUUAACAGGCAUUAAGACACGUACACAACAUGAUCAUGUUGGUGAUAAUUGGCAUUUUGAACAAUCUUUAAUUGAUUUUGAAUGUGAACUUUCUAGGAACAAUGAUCAUGCUCUUUUUACUGAAGCACACAAAAAAAUAUGA